AUGUCAUCGAAAAAAGAAUACGGAAUAGAGGAGCACAUAUAUGAAACUCUGCUUGAUUUAUAUAAGUUAGAGUGCAGUGAAGCCUUCAGAUUUCCAGUUGAUAUUCAUCUAUUUAAAUGCCCUGAUUAUUAUUAAAUUAUAACAGAUCCAAUGGAUCUUAGUACAUUGACUACUAAAUAUAAGGAUGGUGCGUAUAGGACAUUCAAUGAAAUCAAAGAAUAGAUUGAUAAAAUUAUUAAAAACUGUAGGAAAUUCAAUACCGAUCCUAAUCACACAAUAUUAAAAACUUGCUCUAAAUUUGAGCAAUGCUUUAAUACAAGGUGGAAUAAAUUGAAUGAAAUAAGGAUUCAAUUAGGAAUACCAGAUGAUUAUUAAUUAAAAGUAGAAAUGAAUAAAUUAGAUUCAAUUGAAUAAAGAAAAAAUAAAAAAAAAGAACCUGCUUCAUUAAAAGAAGAUUAGGUUGGUAGAAAACCCCGUUUACCCAAAAAUGAGAUUAAAACUUACAAUAAUAAUAACCAAUUUACAUUCCUUAAACCAUAGAAUGAUUUCGUAGUCAAUAAAUUUAAAAUAAAAUCUUCAUCAAUCCAAGAUGAUGAUCAACCCUACAUUGAUUCAAACACAAGUUUAAAAAAUGAAUCGUAAAACUUCCAAGAAAAUCAGUUUGAAAGCAAAAUUUAGAAAAAGGAACUCAUUGAACCACCUCCACCUACAUCAUUUAAAGUUUCUAUAUCUAGAAUGACAUCAAAUGAUAUAAGCUAAAGCCAAGAGAAAAUAAAAGAGACACCUCCAGCCUAAUUCAACACUUUUGAUACUCUCUAAAGACAGGAUUCGACUAAAUCGACACUCUCAUUCAAAAUUCCAAUCCCUAAAUUGAACCCACCUCAAUAAGAUACAAUAAAAGAAACACCUGAUUUCUAAACGCCAAUUACUGCUAAACCUAUUUCAACACAAUAGCAAUAAAUUCCUAAAUAAGUUCCAAUGCCAUAGAUUAAUCAAUCUAUUAUAACAGAUACUUAGAAUGAAUAAUAAUAACCAAAACCGCAAAUCUCUACUCAAUAAUUACCACCAUAAUUACCUUAAUAAUCUAUAAAUUAAUAGUCUAAUUCUUAUUUGCAAUCGUAGCCAUAAGUUCAAUAAUAGCCAUAAUUAGGAUCAAUAUAAAAAUAAUUAGAACAACCAUAAUUAUAAUAACAAUAAUAAACAUAACAAUAAUAAUAUACAUAACAAUAAUCUUCAUAAUUAUAAUAGCCAUAAUAGUAAUAAUAAUAAAAUUAGGUUUAAAUAUAAAAAUAAUAAUAAUCAUCAAUUUAACCAUAAAUCAAUGAUGAUUACAAAACAAUACCUAAAAAACCUGAAAUAAAAAAAGAAUAGAGUGAAAUUGGAUAGUAAAAUUCUUAUGCAUAAUUGGAGCCUCAGCAAUAGGAAGUAUUACCUAAGAUCAGCAUUAAUUUUAACAAUUCAAAUAAAAUUACAUAACCAGAAUCUAAACCUCAGCCAUAUGAAACAAAGAUUACUAUACCUAAAUAACAACCUUAAUAGUUAAUUAAUAUUUCAAGUUCAUAAGCUUCUUAAUAAAAAAUUGAAAAAUCAAUUCCUAUUAUAAAAGGAAUGACACAAAAAAUAGAGACUCCAAACACUCCUAAAGGAAAGAGAAAAAUUAUUGAUUCUGAUGAUUCAUAAGAUUCAAGCAAAAUAGAAUAAAUCCCUAUCAUUAAAAAGCCUAGCGAGAAAAAAGUUGAGUUUAAUGAAACCCCUCUUUAGCAUAGCAUAUCAGGGCCUUCAUCAGAAAAAAAAAUGUAGAAUUUAGGUUCCCAUCCCUUUUCUUUAAAUGAUUAAGACAACAAAGUACAACCAAAGGAGAAUUAACCUAUUAAACUUGCUCCCACAACUCCACCAGCUAUAGCCAUAUAACCUCCUUAAAAAGUUGAGGCUCCUCCAUCCAAAUAUGUAUUUAAAAUAGAUGUCAAUGCUAUUCAAAAAUCAGAAAGUGAUCAUAAUUAGAAAAAAAUAGAAAAAAACAAAAAAUAUGCUUAAAAAAUAAUGUCUGUUCUUAAAAAGCAUAUAAUGGCGAGACAACCAAACAUUGAAAUACUGAAUAGAUGUUUGGAUGUCCCUUCAAAAACUACUCUAAAUAUGAUUCUCAUGUGGUUAAAACAAGAGUUUGACAAGAUUCCUUUUUAAGAAUAUAUAACAAUUGCAAAAUUUGUUGAAUUGGCUUAUCAAAGCAUUCAAAAAUUCAAAUGCGAAGAGGAACCACAAAAUGAAUAGUUACUUUAGCAGUAUUUUAAUAGAGAAAAAGAAUAAGAGCAAAAUCGCCAAAAAAAAAUAGAAUAGGAAAUUAAAGUAUAGCAAGAACCAAUAAUCCUAGAAAAAAUUGAUAUAGAAUUGCUAUCUAAAUCAUUAAGAAUUAGAUCAAAAAAAAAAAAGGUCAACGAUAAGGAGAAGAAAGAAAAAGAUAAUGACAAAUAAAAAGAUGGCGACAAGUAACAGUAAAGGCCUGUCCUACAUUAAUAACAGGAGAUUUCAAGUUUUGCUUUAGAAAAUCCAAAGAAGAUGAAAUUAGAUUAAAAAUAACCAUAUAUCGAAGAUAUUGAUGAUUAUUUUGAAGAAUAGACUCAAGGUUAGGAUUGGUGGAAAAUUUUAGAAUAGAAAUAGAAUGAAUGUAAAGCAAUAGAAGAAGAAAAAAAAGAAAAGGAAGAUUAAGAACAGGAAGAAGCAUUCUUCAUCAGAACAUUAGAUUAAGUCAGAGUAAAUUAUACUCUUAAUUUGGGUGAAAAAAAUGGAGUUGGUUUGUAUCCUACAAUUGUUGUAGAGAAGAUGUUCUUCUUUCUAUUAAAUCAAUAAUCAACCUAUUUUAGAUAAAAUAAAAACUCACUUACAAAUUUCUUUAAAAAAUUAAAAGAAAAUUAAAUAGAAAAGAAAAAUGAUUUUUAUCAAUAAUUUAGUAAAUACAAUUAUUAUGUUGAUGAGAAUCACACUCAACUAAUGGAUUUAUAUUAGAUUGAUAAUUAUGCUGAAAUCUAAGUCAAACUAACAUUGAAAGAUGAUGGAGAUUUUGAUCCUUUUUAAUUAGAAAACAAGUUAAUAAUUAAUUUGGGGAUUAACAAUCUUUUAAGCUGUACAACUAAACAUAAUUUUAUAAAUUACUCUUCUAUUAACAAGCAAUUUUAAUUAAAAUUAGCUUAAUACCCACAAUCAAUAAGCGAAACUAUUUUGCUCUCAAAACUAUAUGAGAUGAAUGAAGUCUUUGUGGAAAGUCUGGAAACUACAACAAUGAAUGACAAUGGAGGAUGCGGUGUGUUCCUAUGGAAUCAAAAGAAAUAAGCAUUAAAUUAAGAAUACUAAUAUUCAUGUCAUUUAUAGAUAUAAGUGCCUUUUACUUGCAUCUAAGACUUAUGCUUAAGCUUAAAUGAUACAGUUAUCCUUAAUGGACAAUAAUUAUGA